CUCCCCUAGAUGGCAAGUAGACCAAUAUACAUGAAAAUUUUUAAGAGUUGUCCGCGUGUCAUUUUGCCUUUUGUUAAUACUGUAGUUAUCUGUGAAACCUUGAGAUAAACAUUGUAAUAUUUAUAUUUCUAAUUUAUUAUUUAUUUUUGAAACUCUUAGAGAAUGGUUCACGCCCUAAAUGUCUGGAAGCACCCUAGCUUUUUUCCUCUUUUACUUGCAGAAUCCCAGAACUCCUUUUUCAUUGUCUCCAUAUUGCCUGGGGGGAGGCAAUAUGGCUCCCAAAGACAUAAUGACAAACUCACAUGCCAAGUCCAUCCUCAAUUCAAUGAACUCUCUCCGGAAGAGCAAUACCCUCUGUGAUGUUACAUUGAAAGUGGAGCAAAAGGACUUCCCUGCCCAUCGGAUUGUGCUGGCUGCUUGUAGCGAUUACUUCUGUGCUAUGUUCACUAGUGAGAUUUCAUCCCAUCAAGCUUCAGAAGAGACCUAUGAGCUCUCAGAAAAGGGGAAGCCAUACGUUGAUAUUCAAGGUUUGACUGCCUCCACUAUGGAAAUCCUGUUGGACUUUGUGUACACAGAGACAGUGCAUGUGACAGUGGAGAAUGUCCAGGAACUGCUUCCUGCAGCCUGUCUGCUUCAGCUAAAAGGUGUUAAGCAAGCCUGCUGUGAAUUCCUCGAAAGCCAGCUGGACCCAUCUAAUUGCCUAGGCAUCAGGGAUUUUGCUGAGACACACAACUGUGUUGACCUGAUGCAGGCAGCUGAAGUCUUCAGUCAGAAGCAUUUUCCUGAAGUAGUACAGCAUGAAGAGUUCAUCCUUCUGAGCCAAGGAGAGGUGGAGAAGCUAAUCAAAUGUGAUGAAAUUCAGGUAGAUUCUGAAGAGCCAGUCUUUGAGGCUGUCAUCAACUGGGUGAAGCAUGCCAAAAAAGAGAGGGAGGAAUCUUUGCCUGACUUGCUACAGUAUGUCCGGAUGCCCCUGCUGACCCCCAGGUACAUCACGGAUGUAAUAGAUGCUGAGCCUUUCAUAAGAUGCAGCUUGCAAUGCAGGGACCUGGUUGAUGAAGCAAAGAAGUUCCACCUGAGGCCAGAACUACGAAGUCAAAUGCAGGGACCCAGAACAAGAGCUCGACUUGGGGCCAAUGAGGUACUUCUGGUGAUUGGGGGGUUCGGCAGCCAACAGUCCCCCAUCGACGUGGUAGAGAAGUAUGAUCCCAAGACUCAGGAAUGGAGCUUUUUGCCAAGCAUCACUCGGAAAAGGCGUUAUGUGGCCACAGUAUCCCUACAUGACAGAAUCUAUGUAAUUGGUGGCUAUGAUGGCCGCUCCCGCCUCAGCUCAGUGGAGUGUCUGGACUAUACAGCUGAUGAGGAUGGAGUCUGGUAUUCUGUGGCCCCCAUGAAUGUCCGACGAGGCCUGGCAGGUGCCACUACUCUGGGAGAUAUGAUCUAUGUUUCUGGUGGCUUUGAUGGGAGCAGACGCCACACCAGUAUGGAGAGAUAUGACCCAAACAUCGACCAGUGGAGCAUGUUGGGAGACAUGCAGACAGCGCGGGAAGGUGCCGGACUAGUAGUGGCCAAUGGGGUGAUCUACUGCCUUGGAGGAUAUGAUGGACUGAAUAUCUUGAAUUCGGUUGAGAAGUAUGAUCCCCACACAGGACACUGGACUAAUGUUACACCAAUGGCUACUAAACGUUCAGGUGCAGGAGUAGCGCUGCUUAAUGAUCAUAUUUAUGUUGUGGGAGGGUUUGAUGGUACUGCACACCUCUCUUCUGUGGAAGCUUAUAAUAUCCGAACUGAUUCCUGGACUACAGUUACCAGUAUGACCACCCCACGAUGCUAUGUCGGGGCCACAGUACUUCGGGGGAGGCUCUAUGCUAUUGCAGGCUAUGAUGGGAACUCCCUACUGAGUAGCAUUGAGUGCUAUGACCCCAUCAUCGACAGCUGGGAAGUGGUGACAUCUAUGGGGACCCAGCGGUGUGAUGCAGGCGUGUGUGUGCUCCGUGAAAAGUGACCAAGGGUGGAGCACCAGCCAAAGCCAUUGACCAGUUCAAGGGGCAGGUUGGGGGAGAGCCAAGGAUCCCUUGCAGAAAUUUCUUUCUCACUGUGUGGACGGGGCGAUUACAGGCACCGGUGCAGUGAUGGCUAUCCUUAUUUGAACUCCCGUAUUGGCACCAACUCCUGGGAAUGGGUAGUUGACCGAAAUGCACAGGAAAGCACUUUGAGUGACAUGUGAGAGAUCACUGUCAUCUCAUUCCUUGGUCCAGGAAGUAUUCUCCAGCCUGUUUUGUGCUUAAGCAAAUGUUUAUGUUGUGCCUGAUGUGUCCCAGAAAGCUGAGGUGGGCAUGGCUUCUGGGUAUCUGAUGUGCCCAGCCUAGUUCACAGGGUGCCAACUUGAUUUAACAUUAGUUAAGUCCAAGCCUUUUUUUCUAAGAAAAAACUUAUAUUAGUGUGCACUAGUAACUGGGGGUGGCAGAACUUGUUUCAUUCCAUAGGACACUAAUGACCUCAGAGAAACAAUUGGUUUUCUAUCAAAACUUACAGGCCGGAGGACUAGGAGAUCAUCAGACAACCUAGGGACAGGAGUGUUGCUGAAAUGAGGGUGGAAUCCAUUUUAAUAUAAAGUAUGACUGAAUUUGGAAUACUAGCUAUAUCCUGGAAGAAUAAGAUGGUGUACCCAUUCAGAGAUCCUUCUCCCUUGUGUGUAACAUAGAGCUUUGUUUCUCAUGGUGUUGGAGACUUAACAACUGGAGGAAAUGAAACAGCACACCAAUGUAAUGUUGUCGCUGUGUGCUAGGGGAAGAAACUGGAGGAUCAGUGAUUUAUGCAAUCAUUUCAUAUGCUGUCCAACCAUAUCAGGUUCCAUUUCUCCAUGGCAAGGUCUGCCUGGAACAGAUAGAGCCUUGUUUUCAGCAGGGCUCAUCCCUUGGAGGGAUUCUUGCUGCUGCUCAAUCUGUCGGUUUUUUUCCUCCAUUUUUCCUGACUUCUCCCUGAAUUCAGUAUUCUCAUAAAGUCUUAGUGCUGCAUAAUCAAAGACAAGCAGAAAUGUUCUGUUAUUAGGCUUUCCACAUCUUUUGUGGCCUUCUGAGCCAUUUUACUGACUGAGCCUCAUUGAGAAUUGAAAUGAAAUGUUUGCUUUUGGGAGUGGGGAGAACACAGUCAAUUGAGUAGGGAUGCACUUGACAUUUAAUCUGAAAGUCUACUCAGGCCUCCUCCUCUGAGUCUUGUUUGAUUCCUUACAGAGUUCAUUUCAUUUGUAUUUUUUUAUGAAAAAAUUAAAAAUCA